AUGCCGAGCAAACCAGCCCCCCUCCGCACACUCGGGAAGAAUGGCCCAGCUGUCCCUGCCAUGGGUUUCGGCCUGAUGGGCCUCUCCGGAAUCCACGGGCCCCGUCCCAGCGACGAAGAACGAUUCCAGGUCCUCGACCACGCGGUCGAACUCGGGAGCACGUUUUGGGAUACCGCCAACGUCUACGGCGACAGCGAGGAUCUAUUGAGCCGAUGGUUUGCGCGCACGGGGAAACGAGGGGAGAUCUUCCUGGCGUCGAAGUUUGCGCUGAUUAUUGGGGAGGGGAGGGGGAUUAAGGGCGUGGAUAGCUCGGGGGAGUACUGCAAACGUGCAUGCGAGGCGAGUCUGAAGAGGCUAGGGACCGAUUAUAUUGAUCUUUAUUACGCCCAUCGGGUCAAUCCUAAGACCCCUAUUGAGGAGACGAUGCGAGCAAUGGCAGAACUGAAAGCAGAGGGCAAGAUCAGAAAUAUUGGGCUUUGCGGGGUGAGCUCCAAUACACUUCGGCGUGCGUGUGCCAUUGCACCAGUCGCUGCAGUCCAGUUCGAGUACUCCCCGUUUGUUCUGGAUAUCGAACAAGCCAGCAGCACCCACCUUCUCCAGACCUGCCGUGAACUUGGCAUCGCUGUCGUCUGCUACUCGCCGCUUGGACGCGGGAUGCUCUCGGAAGCCUUCACCGCCAAAGGACCGUCUGAGGCCAAGGAUUCCCGCGCAUCCCGGUUCCCUCAGUUCCGCGAGGAGAACCGUGAUGGAAACGCGAAGAUCGUCCGCCAGUUCAAAGCAUUCGCCGACAAGAAAGGCUGCUCCACGUCGCAGUUGGCCCUCGCGUGGAUCCUCAAACAGGGCGACGAGAUGUUUCCGAUUCCCGGGACGAAGCGGAUCAAGUACCUGGAGGAGAAUUGGGGGGCGCUCGAUGUCCAGCUGACGGAUGACGAUGCGGCCGACGUGCGGAGAUUUGUGGAAGGCGCCGAGCUCGCGGGCGAUGCGGGGCCUGCGGCGUCGAAGGCUUUCGCAUUUGUAGAUACGAAGGAGGACGCUGAAAGACCUAACGAGAGACUUUAAGUUGAAGCUCCAUCUUCAAUAGCCUCCGGGUAUCUCAAAGCUGUUCAUACCCUAUAGUAACCGAUGGUCUUACAGGCCGAUGGGUUCAUUCAAUCAGGCUAUGUGGACAUCCCAUUUCGGUCACUGCAGUCGACACCAUGGAG